UUUUAAUGGAAACAAUCAUCCCCCACCAAGAGUCCACAGACGGCCUCCAAAGUUUGCUCUCCAAGUUCAGCCACUGUUCUUCCAUUUUGCGUUACUACGGAACUUUCAGUCAGUGCAAAGGACUUAUGAUGGGGCUGUCGAUGAAGACAAGGAGAUGAUUUCAGGAUAAUUUAGCAGCGUUCAGGAAUAGAUUGGAGAAGGGAAAGUCUGGGGAAUUUGUUAAGCUUGAGCUUGAUCCUGGGUUUGGAAAGGGACAUGUGAAGGUUUUGGAGAAGAUUGGGAGUUAUUCUCAGUGUCAGAUUGGAGGAGAGACUGUAGUUUUGGUCACUUUGGUAAAGGAGCGGGAUGUAUUGAGUUUUUGUGAAUUUGUAGAGAGUUGUAACUACUCUUGUGGUCUGGUAUUUUAUGAAGUACUGGUGAAAAUUGUUGGGACAGUUAAGGAUGAAAGUAUUUAUAACUUACCUUAUGAUAGUCUAAAGAGUUCUACUAUUGACCCUAACUGUGUGCAGAUUGAAUGGGCUAAAGGGGUUGAUCCAAGGGACUUCAAAGAGAAGAUAAAGUUUACUAAGAUGCUUCACAAUGUAGAGCUUGCGAACUGAUUUGAAAGAGUGCACACUUUAGACCUUACACAAAGCUCUGAACUUGUUGAUAUUUCAAACAUCACUACUGAGUGUUCAGUUUUAUAUGUCAAAAGCGCGGAUCUAUUCAGACUUUUAUACGAUCAAUCAAAGGAAGUGCCAGCAAGCCUCUCUCAAAAUGUGACAACUUUAAAGAUCAAUUGGUUUUCAGAUGGUUAUUUUAAAGAGACUGAAGAACAAGAUGAUUCUUUAAAGAAAUAAACUGACUUUAUCUAAAGAAUGCCUUUCAGUCUUCUUUCCUCAACUUGAAGCCUUAGAAUUAAUGAUACCAGAGGUUAAGGACGAGGUUCACCCAACAGCAACUCUCAAGGAAAAGAUCAGAAAUGGUGUCUCUCUUCUCAGUUCUAGACCGGAAGCAAGCAAGAUCUUGACUUUAGGAGACGUUGACGUAUUCUUUCAUGAUCCUAAGCGUAAAUACUAUUGCUGCUUCCAUGCUGAUGAAGUUAGUUACUAUUCCAAAGUUGGAGACUUCAAUGCAAAGCCAGUGAAAUGGAAGGGAGAGAAGUACCUUGAUGUGUACACCUAUCUUGACCUUGAAUUUAUCGGAAUAUCACAGAAAGAUGAAAUAUAUUUGGAGGAUUUUAAGGAAUAUAUCGAGAAACAUCCCAUGAACACUCAUGAAAUGCUUAAUUGGUGCUCAAUGUUUGGUGACGAUAUGGAUGAUAUUUUUGCAGAAUCUGUUCUUUUGAAGUAUAGAACAGUCAAGAAAAUCAAGAGUCCUACUGUUUUGGAAAAAUUAAAACCACUUCGUUGAGAUAUCUUAGAAUUUAAAGUUGAUAAUAGCUCUACUCUAGGGAGAGGUUUCAUACUAUCACUCGCUAAAGUUCAGAAGCCCUUAAAGUUCAGCCUGAAGGUUUUAUUUAAUGCAAAGAACGCUUCUUUCAUAUGUGAAGCUAUCAAAAAUUGAUGCACAGAUCUUUAUUUAGUAGUGACUGAAAAAGCUGUUAGUGAGGCAGGCAUUAGCAAGAGGGAAAAAUUGGUAAAAGAUAUCUGCCAAAAACCCUCAAAGCCCACUACCACUCGUCUCCCCUCCAAGUCUACUGGUAGAUCCAGACCCUCCAAACGCCACGCAAGUACAUCAGCUCCAAAAUAUCUUAACAACGUGACCAUAAAGUAUACCAGUGCCAAAGGGACAAAGACAAUGUUCUUCUUGUCAGUAGGGGAAGCUGACAGGAAGAGUCUUCAGAAAAUAUUCAAGUGUGCUUAGAAGGUUGACUGGUUUAA